CUAUUGCGAUCACAAACGUAAUUUUUUCAAGUUUUAAAUAAAAAUUUGUGUUAUUUACAAGUUAUAACUAAAGAAACUAUGUAAAAUUUAUCAAAUUUGACAAUAAUUCAAGGACUAAUUUAUGUCAUGCCAUAAAAUUCUUUAAAUCACAAAAAUUAUCAUCAGAAAGGAACUAUAACUUUUUAUAACCUACGAAAAUAUUAAAAAUUGAAAGCAAUAAUGUUAUGAUGAUUUGAUGCUACUAUACAUGCGUAAAUAAUUAUUUAUCACUGUCAGCAAAGAUCAAAAGGUUAAGAAUGGCAAUGAGAAGUUUAUUUACACAAGUUACGAGUAAAUCGAUUUAAAAAUUUCACUAUUGGGAUAAUUGGCCAAAUUAUUAUUAAAAAUCAUGUCUCUGUUAAUGAGACAACAUUUUUUUAUUUACAGAAUACCUUUGCGCUUAAGUUCAACAGAAUCCAAAAAAAUUGGCCAAGAUGCAGCGAAACGACGAUCAUCGAUUGACGACAAUGAAAUAGAACAUCAUGGAAAAUUAUCAGAGUUAUGGUGGAACACAAUGGGACCAAUGCGUGCUUUGCAUGCUUACAACCCUAUCCGUGUUCAAUUUAUCCGAGAUGGGCUGAAAAAUACUGGAUUGAAAGAAAAGCAUCCUCGCUACUCACUAGAAGGAGUACAAAUUCUGGAUGUUGGGUGUGGUGCCGGAAUUCUCUCCGAAGCCUUGGCAAGAAUCGGUGCUAAUGUUACAGGAAUUGAUGGCUCGGAGCAGUUGAUUGAAACCGCUAAAAAACACGCGUCUUUAGAUUCAAAUUUGUCCAAAAAUUUAAAUUACUCGAUCACUUCCGUUGAAGAUCAUGUUGCGGAUAACAAAUCAGAAAUUUAUGAUGCAGUUGUUGCUUCAGAAGUUAUCGAGCAUGUUUCUAAUAAAGAUAUUUUUGUAAAAUACUGCGCCAAAGCAUUGAAACCAGGAGGUUCUAUUUUUAUCACAACAUUGAAUAAAACUAUUCCGUCGUUUCUAGGCGGGAUUGUUUGUGCUGAAUAUAUUUUACGUGCAAUUCCUAUUGGAACUCAUGAGUGGAGUAAAUUUAUUUCACCUGAAGAUACUCAACGCCUAUUAGAUCAACAUGGAUGCUCUACACAAUUAGUUCAUGGAGUAUUUUUCAAUCCUCUAACAAAUACAUGGAGUUGGACAUCUUCGAAAAAUAUUUUCUACGCUUUACAUGCCGUUAAAUCAGAGACUUAAUUAUUGAUUAUUGAAAAAUUGUUAUUUCAGUUUUUUUAUAUUAAAUUUAAUAAAGAAAACGUUUAAUU